AUGUUGCGACUCAUCUUGGCGGUCGCGCUCACAGCUGCGUGCACAGCGCUUGAUUUAAACGAGCCUCCUUCUCAGGUCCCUCUCGGCGCUGCGUCUUCGUCGUUGAAUCAACAUGAUACCGCUUCGUCAAGGCGAUUGAAUUUCUCCUCCGCCGCGCCGUAUCUCUUCUCAUCUGUUUCCUCGCUUUUGCAACAAUGGGGCAAUACUUUCUUUCCCAACGGCCACAGCAUCGUUGCCUGCGAGAUUCCGCCGUACACGCUGUUCUAUCAUGGCAGGAUGGACGACGAGGUCCCUCCAAGCCCCGAGUGGCUGGCUUUUGAUAUCCAGAUGUCCUACGGCAUCAUGGGCGGUUCGCCAAACUCUCACAUGCUGACGUACCAGACCACGAGGCCCGUGAAGGCUCUCUACUUUGACGGCGAGUCCGCCGCUCUCAUGGGGCUCGGUCAGCUUGACACCCAGAUGCUGCACGUGUUCGGCAAUGUGAGCGGGCCCAACGACUCGAAUCGGUUCAGGGGAUUGGCAGAUGAGUAUGCGCGUGCUCAUGGGCUUUGCGACUGGCUUCUCGAAACGGGCUUGCGCGGAGAUGGCUGGGGCUACGAGGGCGUUAUUAGGAUGAACGCGGCGUUUGAGAUGAUAUGGUGCAAUUUCACGAGCCCCAGCUUGCGAUUGCUUACGCACCUGAACGUGACGGCUCCCCAGUUGCCUCAGGAAUACGAGUCAGAGUCGGAAUCGGAAGUUCAAAAAAUGGUCUUUACUGAGACAGGCACACCGAACCUUGGAGAGGGCCGUGAGACGUCGUACUACUCACUCCCGCCCACACCGACGCGCACCGACUCGUCGACAGACCCAUCUCGGCCACCUAAACCACCUAACUGGAGAGGAGGAUGGGAGCGCUCGCGCGAGCCAUUCGUCGGCUCGCAGACUUGGGGGUGGUUUUCCAGCGCCACGCUUCAUUAUGGUUCCUCCAAGAACGGGCCCGGCCUGGGUGAAGUACGAGCAAAGGUACUCAACUGUGGGAUAAUGAGCUACUACUCGCCCCAGUUCGAAAAUCUCAAACGUCUGAGGGCAGAAGACGAGAGGAUGAGCUUGAACUUGACAGCAGAUGGCUUUUGGAAAGGAGAGGGAUUAUCUGGGAACAGGACGUUGGCUUUGAAAGAUCUCCUUCGGCGACGGCGGUAUCAUCACCUUGAGAACGCAACCAGUGACGAGGCUGCGUUGAUGCGCACCUCAUCCGAGCGAGCUUUGAGAGGCCUUUUGGAGGGCGACAAUGACUGCUCCGGGGCUGACUGGGGCCUAAUGAUCAACGAGAUUACGCAGACCACGACAUUGCAGCUCCAUGAAAUGACCAUCGCGAUCUCUUCCUUCCCAAAUCAUGCUCACAACCAAUCAACCCUCCAGUUCUGGAUGUCAAGCGUCAGGUCCCAAAGCCACAUGUUUCUGGUCAGCUUCCUCGAGUUCCCGGCUACCAAAGACCUAUCAGUCUGGGACAUCGGCUCAGACUUGUUUCAAGAGACCUACGCGCGCUGUCGGUAUCGAUACACAAGGUUGAUGGCACCUUCUGAGGACGUGGCCUUGAGCCCAGAAGAGGUAGACUUGCGCUGGGUUGUCGAAGAGACUUUCGGUGCUAUAUGCUCCGUGCUGCUGACCAUCGGUUUCGGCAUCGAGCGCAGUUGGGCGACACACUUCCAGAAACCCAGCACCAAGAAGUCCCUCGAAAUCCACGCAACGACGUCUGCUUCUGUUAAUAAUCACUUCGCUCACUUGGCUACGUCAUGGAGCAGCGGCAUAGAAGAACUGAUGGCCUGGUUGGGAUGGGCUGACGAGUCUACCGGAUGUUCAGAGGUCUGCGCUUGGAACGAGCGGUGCUACAUCCCAAUGUGGCCGUUGAUACAAUUGGGAGGAGGCCGUCCGAGGCGACCGCCGGGAAACGGUACAUAUCCUCACCCUCCUGGAGAUUUCUACCCGCCUCCGUAUCGGCCUGGUGGUAAUCACACUGGCGAUGGACCGCCGCCACCACCACCGGGUGGCCGACCAUCGUUCAGCUUCGGCGAGGCGGAUCUGUGGGAGCCCAAGUGUAUCAAUGCUUCAUAUUUCACGAAUGGUUGGUAG